AUGGAUGUCCGGGUAUGGCUAUUUGCGUGUUUGCAGAUGGCCACCAGAGCGACAAUCUCCUUCUCGCACUUCUUCCCAACUUUGGUUCAGCAGAUUAGGUUCAAGGAUAAUACCACUGUCCUCCUUUUGACAUAUCCGCCCUAUGUUGUGACCUUUGUAUGGGCCAUUUGUUGGGCGUGGGUAGCAGAUAGUCAUCAAAUUCGCUCAAUGCCAGGGGGAGUCUCUCAGUGCUGUGCAAUUCUAGAAACAAUUCUGCUCAUAGCUGUUCCCGGAUUUUGGGCCCGAUAUGCGUUUACUUUUCUCGCUUCCUGUGGCACUUUCGGCGUCUACGCGACCACAUACGCCUGGCUCUCCUCAGCAAUCAUCCAGCCUCCAGUAAAACGAGCUGCUGCAAUCGGACUUGCUAACAUUUGUGCCAAUAUUGCUUCACUGGCUCAAGAAGAUCUGGAUAGCGCUGACGGUGCUGAGGUCAACACUUCGACGGAAAAGGUAAUGUCUAAAGUAAAGCCAACUGCAGUAAAGAAAGCUGCUAGUCUCAUUGAGAAGAUGCAGAGUGGCGAAGACGAAAACCAAGAUCUGCUCAGAAAGAUGUGCCACUAUUUGGAGAGCACCUAUAGGGAGAUCAAAAGUUUGAAAGAAACACUCAGUAAAUAA